AUGAAUAAAAAAUAAAAACUUUUUUUAUCUCAUCAAGUAGAUUUGGGUAUCAAAUAGAUUGAAGAUAUCUUUAAACCUUUAGCAACAGCUGCUUGUACUGGUAGUGAGUUUAAUUUUGAAGAUAAAUUCUCAUAAACAGCUACAUCAUCAAAAUUUAUGAAACCAAAUUCAAUGCACGGUAUUAGAAAUAUAUUUGAUGGUAUUAAUUUAAAAAUAUAUAAAAAGAAGUGAAUAAUGAAGAAAGAAGGAAAUAUAUUGAUAGCUAAAUUGGACCUAUAUAUGAAGAUGAUAAAAAAGAAAAGAUUGUAAAAUGGUCAAUAGUUGGGAAACCUGAAUAAUUUUUAUCAGUAAGAAAUAGAAAUAGAUAAAAAGUUGUAAUUAAAUAAAAAAAAGGAGAUUGUGAUGAUUCUUUUUCAGAUGAUCUUCCAUCAUCAAGUAAACCAAUUAUGUUACAAUAAUCUUAAUCAUAAAUUUCAGGAAUGGGAUAAUAAAAAAAAACACCUAAAAAACCAAGAGGUGAAUUUAAAAUGUUACCACGACAAGAUGCAUUAAUUAAAAUGGUAGAUGCUAAAAAAAGAAUAGAAAAUAAUUUAAAAGAUAAAAUUAAGUUUGAAUAAAACCUUCCACUUCAUUUACAAAAUGCUGUCACAAGAGAAAAACGAAUAUUAGAUAAAUUUGAUAUGUAGUAAGAGAAAUGGGAAUUUUUUAAUAAUUAAAUUGCAUCAAAUUGUGAAAGAAAUCCUUUAAAUACUAUCAUGAUUAGAUCAGAAGAUUAUAGAGGUAAAAACCAAAAAAUUAACAUAAUUGAAUCUUUAAAAAAUGAAGAUGAAAAAUAUAACAAUAGAUUAUGGUAUAUGAGAUUAAGAUGGUAUGAUAAUAAAGAUGAUAGACCUCCUUUUUCUUUAAUAACAUCAAAUAAAUAAAAAAGUCUCCCUUUGUCAAGUAGAUUAGUAAAUCGAUUUGUUAAAGAUUAAGAAGCUGAACAAUUAGCUAAUUAAGAAAAAUUUGUAUUAUCUGAUAUCUAAAGCAAUUUCAAUACCAAAAUUAUAGAAAACCCAUAUUAAUAAGUUGAAAAAGUGAUUACAAAUAGUAUAUUAAAUACUAAUAUAUUUAGUUAAACAUAGCAAAUUAUACAGUAAAAAGUUGGAAAACAUGUUUACAGAUAAAAUUAAAGAUAAACCAAAAAAAAGAUUUGUAGAUACAAAUCAGUAUCUUGAGGUUAUGGGAAUUAAUGUUUAUAAUAAAGAACUCGAUUUUAUUCGAAAUAAUAAAUAACAAGAAUACUAAUACUUCGAAGAAAAAUAGGAUGAAUAAGAAGUUUAUAUAGAUAAUUGGAAUUCUUAACAAUUAGCUAAAACAGGGCAACCAUUAAAAUAUGAAUUUUAGUGA